AUACACUUUGGUCUGAAUCUCAAUGUUGGCUACUAUUGAAGAAGUCUCUGGAAAAUCCUUUGACUACAUCAUUGCUGGUGGUGGGACUGCGGGACUCGUUGUAGCUGCUCGCUUGACGGAGGACAGUUCUGUCUCUGUUCUCGUCCUCGAAGCUGGCCCAGGAAACCUCGACGAUCCGGCCAUCCUCACGCCUGCUGGAUUUGGGAGCCACUUUGGCAAUCCCAAGUAUGACUGGAGUUAUAAGACAGUUCCCCAACCAUCCUGUGGAGGCAGAUCUGUCGUUUGGAACCGUGGCAAAAUGCUCGGCGGAAGCUCUGCUAUCAACUUCUUCGAGUAUCAUCGCCCUGCAAUGUCUGAUAUCAACGCUUGGGAGAAGCUCGGAAAUAAGGGGUGGAACUGGGACCUCCUGAAGAAGUACUUCAUCAAACACGAACAGUUCAUUCCUCCGAAGCAAGACACUGAAUUAAUCAGUCCUGAUUUGAAAGAGCAUGGUUCUAACGGACCGCUCAAAGUAUCAUACCCCCUUGUCAAUUGCAACCUGGAGAAGCCUUUUUUUGAGGCUCAGGAGAAGCUCGGGAUCAAUCGUGUAAAAGAGCCGUUCUCCGGGAACACCAAAGGUAGCUGGCUCACCCCCGUCACUAUCGACCCGGUCACCAUUCAGAGAACAUACGCUGCAAAUGCAUAUUAUCAGCCAAAUGCUUCACGCAAGAAUUUUAUUGUUAUGACAGAUACUCAUGUAGCUAAAGUUAACCUGAGCAAAAGCGGCAAUGGUGAGAUGACUGCCACCGGCAUCUCAUUCCUGCACGAUGGCAAGCUUCAUGAGGUCAAAGCCAACAAAGAGGUCAUCCUUUCUUCUGGGACAAUCGGAAACCCUCAGAUCCUUGAGCUUUCGGGCAUAGGCGACCCCAGCGUCCUUCGCACCGCAGGGGUCGACGUUGCCAUAGACUUACCAGGGGUGGGAUCCAACAUCCAAGAGCAUACAUACUUGGGUCUACUACACAAGAUCCGCAAAGAUGUUGAGGACAACUAUCUGACCUUUGACUGCUUAUCGAAACCGGAAGAGCUAGCAAAGAAUUUGGAGCUACUGAAAGAGGGCAAGGGUGUAUUCGGGACCUCUAUUUCAUGCAUGACCUUCGUCCCCUUGGCUGCCAUCUCCCCGGACGCGGAGACCAUCCAAAAACAACUCAAAGAUUCCAUGCAGAACGACUUCCAGUCCGGAAAGCUUUCCGCGGCUCUCAAGAAGCAAUAUGAAGUCCAACUCCAACAUAUUCAGCAUAAGGAGCCCAGCUGCGAGCUCAUUUGUGCGCAGGGGUUCUUCAGUUGUGGCUCUCCUACUCCAGAUGCGAAACACGUCAGCUUGACCGUGUGCAUCAACCACCCCUUCUCUCGUGGUACGAUCCACAUCAACUCGAGUGACCCAUUGGAACACCCCGCCAUCGACCCCCAUUACUUCGAGCACGAUUACGAUACUCAAAACGCCGUCGAGAUAGUCAAGUUCUGUCGUCGCCUUGUCGAGGAAGAGCCGUUCAAAAGUAUAUUGACCGACGAGACUCAGCCUGGCCCUGAGAAGCAGACAGACCAGGAACUCGCAGAAUGGUACAAGCAGAACUUCUUCACGACCUACCAUACCGUCGGCUCUUGUUCGAUGUUGCCUCGUGAGGAUGCUGGCGUCGUAGAUACCAAACUAAAGGUGUACGGGACUACGAAUCUGCGUGUCGUCGAUAUAUCCAUCGUUCCACUUCACAUCGGUGCUCAUAUGCAAGCCACCGCCUAUGCUAUUGGAGAGCUGGGUGCGGAUAUCAUCAAGGGUAAGCUUAACCUAUGAUUAGGCGUUAAUGGAAGUGUGGCCAGCCAUGAAAAGGACUAGAGGAACUAUCCCUACAUAUUUGUGUUCCAGGAUCGUUGUGCUAGCUCGCUAAUUGUCAGCUUCAAGUCAGCUU